AUGUUACCAAGCCAGGCUGGAUCAGCACAAUCUGGAAACGGGUCAGCGUCUGUCAGGGGUAACACAGGUCACGGCUCUGGGGUCAUUGGGAGUGGGAUUCGCCCCAUGUUGGUCAGAGCAGGGCAAUCGAUAACUGGGGUCAGCGACAGCACCGGUGCGGUUGGGAUGUUGGGGAGCAACAGUCCAGGAGUGGGUGCAAGAGGUGGAGCGAGACCAGGGAACGGGACGGGACUGACGACUACACAGACCGCCGGCCAGGGAGGCAUCGGAGGUCUGAUCAUGGGAGUUGGGGUUCAGGGAGGCAGCCGGUACGACCCGGACAAAGAGUGUGCGCCAAUGGGGUGCAGUGGGUCGGACGCUGAUUCGGACUCGGGGGAUGAUGAAGAUCCGAUGUGUUCAAUCGGGGACAACAGAAGAGGAGUAAAGCGGGAGAGACUAGAGAUGGAGGCUGCGGUGACAGGGCAGGAGGCGGGGGUACCACCGGGGGGUUAUGGCGUGGUCCCUCGAGGUGUUGCUGGCGCAAAGCCAGGGAAGAAGACACGUGGACGCGUGAAGAUAAAAAUGGAAUUCAUCGACAACAAGUUGAGGCGAUACACAACUUUUAGCAAGAGGAAGACUGGUAUAAUGAAGAAGGUGAGUGAUCACAGUGACACUCAGGUGUGAUGGGACACUCCGUAGUGUCCACUCCAAAGUGUGUCACUUGGUCAUACAUGAUGUUGCAUUGAUUGAUGUGUAUGGGGCACCUAUAGGCUACACCAACACUGACCGAGAAUGGAAUCAUUAGGUAGAGGUCUCAACUUUCCUGUACAAUAACCUUCCCUUGUGUCACUGACUUAUUUUUUUUAACCCGUGGAAGGCCCAUUCAACCCAAAAUCACACAUAUAAUUUGUCAUAAUGUGUAAAGAACCAAGUGGGACAUGUCAUCUCUGCCCUGGCCCUGAGUGACUGGAGGCCACAGCAGUCUUGACUGUCUCUGUCCUUUAAAUAGACUAGAGCAGUGUUCCCAAACUUUUUCAUAGUCCCGAACAUUUACAUUUUAGUCAUUUAGCGGACGCUCUUAUCCAGAGCGACUUACAGUUAGUGAGUGCAUACAUUUUUUUCAUACUCCAUAUCACUUCAAACAUUCAACCUCCAGCUGCGUACCCCCUCUAGCACCAGGGUCAACGCACUCUCAAAUGUUGUUUUUUGCCAUCAUUGUAAGCCUGCCACACACACACACUAUACGAUACAUUUAUUAAACAUAAGAAUGAGUGUGAGUUUUUGUCACAACCCUGCUUGUGGGAAGUGACAAAUAGCUCUUUUAGGACCAGGGCACAAAUAAUAAUAUAAUCAUAAUACAUAAUUUUGCUCUUUAUUUAGCCAUCUUACAUAUAAAACCUUAUUUGUUCGUCAAAAAUUGUGAAUAACUCACCCCAGGUUAAUGAGAAGGGUGUGCUUGAAAGGAUGCACAUAACUCUGCAAUGUUGGGUUGUAUUGGAGAGAGUCUCAGUCUUAAAUCAUUUUCCACAGACAGUCUGUGCCUGUAUUUAGUUUUCAUGCUAGUGAGGGCCGAAAAUCCACUCUCACAUAGGUACGUGGUUGCAAAGGGCAUCAGUGUCUUAACAGCGCGAUUUGCCAAGGCAGGAUACUCUGAGCGCAGCCCUAUCCAUAAAUCUGGCAGUGGCUUCUGAUUUAAAUUCAAUUUUCACAGAACCGCUUGUUACAAUUUCGAUGAGGCUCUCUUGUUCAGAUAUCGGUAAGUGGACUGGAGGCAGGGCAGGAAAGGGAUAACGAAUCCAAUUGUUUGUGUCGUCCGUUUUUCGGGUAAGUACCUGCGUAAUUGCGCACCCAGCACACACAGGUGCUUCGAAAUAUCACAUUUGACAUUGUCUGUAAGCUUGAGUUCAUUUGCACACAAAAAAUCAUACAAUGAUGGAAAGACCUGUGUCGUGUCCUUGUUAAUGCAGACAGAGAAGAGCUCCAACUUCUUAAUCAUAGCCUCAGUUUUGUCCCGCACAUUGAAUACAGUUGCGAAGAGUCCCUGUAAUCCUAGAUUCAGAUCAUUCAGGCGAGAAAAAACAUCACCCAGAUAGGCCAGUCGUGUGAGAAACUCGUCAUCAUGCAAGUCCAAAUUAUGGUCAGUAAAGAAAAAUGUAAGCUUGUCUCUGAAUUAAAACAAAACGUGUCAAUACUUUGCACCUUGAUAACCAUACGCACCAGUCGUAUGUUGUAAAAGCGUUACAUGGUCGCUGCCCAUAUCAUUGCAUAAUGCAGAAAAUACACGAUACUUCAGGGGCCUUGCUUUAACAAAGUUAACCAUUUUCACUGUAGUGUCCAAAAUGUAUUUCAAGCUGUCAGGCAUUCCCUUGGCAGCAAGAGCCUCUCGGUAGAUGCUGCAGUGUGACCCAAGUGGCGUCGGGAGCAACUCCUUGCACGCGCGUUACCACUCCACUAUGUCUCCCUGUCAUGGCUUUUGCGCCAUCAGUACAAAUACCAACACAUCUUGACCACCAAAGUCCAUCUGAUGUCACAAAGCUGUCCAGUACUUUAAAAAUAUCCUCUCAUGUUGUCCUGGUUUCCAGUGGUUUGCAGAAGAGGAUGUCUUCCUUAAUUGACCCCCCAUAAACGUAACGGACAUAUACCAGGAGCUGUGCCAGGCCCGCCACGUCUGUUGACUCAUCCAGCUGUAAAGCAUAGAAUUCACUGGCUUGUAUGCGAAGCAGUAAUAGUUUCAAAACAUCUCCUGCCAUGUCACUGAUGCGUCAUGAAACAAUGUUGUUUGAUGAAGGCAUUGUCUGUAUAGUUUUUUUUGGCCUUUUCCCCCAGCGUUGUCCCAGCCAUAUCCGCGACAGCAGGAAGAAUUAAGUCCUCCACAAUAGUAUGGGGCUUGCCUGUCCUGGCCAAGCAUAACAACUUCUGUCGUCGACAGGUGCAGGUGUAGUACUGCUGGUAGUAGCAAUACUACCAGUAGAGCUGGUAUGUGUCUCUAUGGACACGGGCAUUAUUUUUAUUUUUUUACCAUUUAUCCAUUUUCGAGCAAACGGAAUGAGCAGCAGCUACGUUUGGCUACAUACGGACCGUUCGUGGAAUUCCCGCGAGAGAGUAACGGUUAAUGUGAUUGGAUGUUAAGUAUUUGACUAGGCUACCUGUAUUUGACGUUGUGUUGUUAUUUCGCUGAACACUAGAUGUUUUAAUUUUAUUUUUGGCAGUGAAACGAGGCUACUCAGGCGAGAAAAAAACAUCACCCAAAUGUAUAGCCCCGUUGGAAAAUCUAAAUGGACUGUUUGAAAAUGUGAAUCACAUUUUUAUUUGGCGUACCCCUGGUGGGAGUACACGUACCCCAGUUUGGGAAUAGCCGGACUAGAGCAACUGACAUUCCGAUUUCUGACCAUGACCCCCUACACACACACCCCUGUGUCCUGUAGGCCUAGUGCAGUAACACACUUGCAAUCUAAAUUGAGAAAUAUAAUAAUUUUUAGCAAACUAUUUUAAAUUUAUAUUAAUUUAAUCAUAUUUUCAAAGAGCAAUUUGUGCUCAGUACAUUGAAUGUUUCUCAUUCAGCUUUUAAAGUGACUGUAGUACCUAAUCAAGUAAAAUAAGGUAAGAUGUGUUCAGUAGGAGUACUGCAAACUAAGGUUGGCAAAUUAAUAAACACUGACUCACUCACUGCAGCCUUUGGUCAGCAGCAGCAGUUCAGAUCACAGACCCCCUGACCUAAAGUGUGUCAGGCAGAGCCAACAGCUGACCAAACCCCAGGGACAGAGAUCAGAGGUCAGUCAAAGAGUGCUAGGCAGACCAAACAGGCCACUGUGCACCACUGUAAGGAACACAUGAUGCCUUCAUCAUACCCUAGCUCUCUGUCAUACAGUAUGUCAUCAGAGGGCUCAGAUGAGGUCUGAAAGUGAAAACCCCAUGGCUGCAUCUGAAGUUGUAUUUCGGGCCAUGGUUAGGUGACUCUGAUUCAGUUCAGCAUUUACUGCAAUAACCCUCUCCUCUUUUCGAUUUGACACUUCUGACCAUUAGCAUGCACAUCAGUGGUAAUAGCUGAUAUUCUCCAGUGUAGUGGCGUGUCCAGGGGGUGGCCCAGGGUCGGAUAGGUUGUCUCUGAAUAUAUUGAUAAUUUUGGCCAAGACGAGCACCGACAACAAGACUCCUCAAUCUCACGGGAGAAAGCAUUCGAGCGAGCGAAACAGUGCUCCUCUGUGUUUGCAUGUGUAGCCCAUGUAUCUGACAUGCAAACCUCACUGGCCACGUUGCGUGCACGAGCGUUGCAAAAUAAAUGUACACAUGCAUGUUAUUCAAUCAUUUCACCCACACUGCUCACACGCGUGAACAAGCUUCUGUGUAGCCAAAUGCUAAAAUAGAACUUGGUUCUCUUUGAGACGCCACGUGCUGCAAGUCCCUUUCUUAUUGGAUAUCAGGAAGAUACAAACCCACGUGGAUGUAUGAAAGACAAACGAGGAGAGAUUAAUUAAAGGUAACUAACUAGAUUUCCCUUAUCUGUGGAUUAAUUGUUGGAGUAGAGAAACAUGCCACGAAUUUUACCAAGAACCAGCUAAAAAGAAGACCACGUGCAUGACGGGUAAAAUAACAACCCAAUGUUUAUCUCCCAGGACAAAUUAGCUUGCAACAGCUAGCUAGCUACGUUUCCAUGAAUGUUUCAUGUGUGGUUCAACCUGCCCCCAAAUUAAUAAAGUUGGUUCACAGUUGGUUCUGAUAUUUUAACCUGCGUAUCAUGAUUGCGUCUGGUGUGGAUGGACAAAAUCAACAUACGCACGUGCGGCCGGUGUAGUCAGCAUGUGAUGCUGUCUGGCCAGAAAAAGUAUGAUGUCUUUCUUUUUGGCCAGACAGCAUCAGAUACAGUGCAUUCGGAAAGUAUUCAGACAUAUUCCCUUUUCCUACAGCCUUAUUCUAAAAUUGAUUAAAUAUUAAUCAGUCUACACACACUACCCCAUAAUGACAUAGCGAAAACAGGUUUUAUAAAUUUUUCCAAUUGAUUAAAAAUAGAAAACAGAUACCUUAUUUACAUAAGUAUUCAGACCCUUUGCUAUGAGACUCCUGUUUCCAUUGAUCAUCCUUGAGAUGUUUCUACAACUUGAUUGGAGUCCACCUGUGGUAAAUGCAAUUGAUUGGACAUGAUUUGGAAAGGCACACACCUGUCUAUAUAAAGUCCCACAGUUGACAGUGCAAAAACCAAGCCAUGAGGUCGAAGGAUUUGUCCGGAGAGCUCCGAGACAGGAUUGUGUCAAGGCAUAGAUCUGGGGAAGGGUACCAACAAAUUUCUGCAGCAUUGAAGGUCCCUAAGAACACAGUGGCCUUCAUUCUUAAAUGGAAGAAGUUUGGAACCACCAAGACUCUACCUAGAGCUGGCCGCCUGGCCAAACUGAGCAUUCGGGGGAGAAGGGCCUUGGUCAGGGAGGUGACCAAGAACCCGAUGGUCACUCUGAUAGAGCUCCAGAGUUCCUCUGUGGAGAUUGGAAACCUUCCAGAAGGACAACCAUCUCUGCAGCACUCCACCAAUCAGGCCUAUAUGGUAGAGUGGCCAGACGGAAGCCAUUCCUCAGUAAAAGGCACAUGACAGCCCACUUGGAGUUUGACAAAAGGCACCUAAAGGACUCUCAGAAUGAGAAACAAGAUUCUCUGGUCUGAUGAAACCAAGAUUGAACUCUUUGGCCUGAAUGCCAAGCGUCACGUCUGAAGGAAACCUGACACCAUCCCUACGGUGAAGCAUGGUGGUGGCAGCGUCAUGCUGUGGGGAUGUUUUUCAGCAGCAGGGACUGGGAGACUAGUCAGGAUUGAGGGAAAGAUGAACGGAACAAAGUACAGAGAGAUCCUUGAUGAAAACCUGCUCCAGAGCGCUCAGGACCUCAGACUGGGGCGAAGGUUCACCUUCCAACAGGACAAGCACACAGCCAAGACAAUGCAGGAGUGGCUUCAGGACAAGUCUCUAAAUAUCCUUGAGUGGCCCAGCCAGAGCCCGGACUUGAACCCAAUCGAACAUCUAUGAAGAGACCUGAAAAUAGCUGUGCAGCGACGCUCCCCAUCCAACCUGACAGAGCUUUAAAGGAUCUGCAGGGAAGAAUGGGAGAAACUCCCAAAAUACAGGUGUGCCACGCUUGUAGUGUCAUACCCAAGAAGACACAAGGCUGUAAUCGCUGCCAAAGGUGCUUCAACAAAGUACUGAGUAAAGGGUCUGAACACUAAUGUAAAUGUUAUAUUUCUGUUUUUUAUUUUUAAUAUAUUUGCAAACAUUUCUAAAAACCUGUUUUUGCUUUGUCAUUAUGGCGUAUUGUGUGUAGAUUGAUGAGGAAAAUAAACAAUUUAAUCCAUUUUAUAAUAGGGCUGUAUCGUAACAGAAUGUGGAAAAAGUCAAGGGGUCUGAAUAAUUUCAGAAUGUGCUGUAGCUAGCUACAUCUACGGGCUUUUAUGUUUUUUCUGUCGUGCAUAGUGUGCAGUAGCCUAUAUCAUAAGCUAUAUGUAUUGGAUAACGGCACAAUCAUUUGGGCCUUUUUGGGCUUGGGAUCAUUAAAUAUCUUUAAAACAGUGCUCAUAAAAUGUAUUUAAUGUAUGGCUCAUCAGGCUCAGGUAGCAUCAGGCAUGAAUGUUCAAUCAAACCUCUAAUCUAAUCCAGACAUAGGCCUAUUUAUAUGCUUUAUAAUGCUUUUGAAUGAAACUUCCGGUUUUGGCGGGAAAUACCGGGUUAACCGGGAGAAAAGUGAUUUAUUCUCGGAAUGAAACUUUUUGUAAAAUACCGGGAAAAUAUUCAACCCUAGUCUGUGCCCCACCUUGGCAAUCCCAAUCAAAAUGUUCUGGACAAGCCACUGAUUCAGUGGAUUCAUAAUGGGUCAUCAGUUAUACUACAUACCAUAUAAUAUAAUAAUAUAAUAUGCCAUUUAGCAGACGCUUUUAUCCAAAGCGACUUACAGUCAUGCGUGCAUACAUUAUUUUAUUUUUUUUUGUGUACGGGUGGUCCCGGGGAUCGAACCCACUACCUUGGCGUUACAAGCGCCGUGCUCUACCAGCUGAGCUACAGAGGACCACAUGAAGGCUCUAGUAUCCAAGCGUGCACAUGGAAUGUAGGCUACUCACUAUUACAUUUACAUUUGAGUCAUUUAGCAAACGCUCUUAUCCAGAGCGACUUACCAUUGUAUCUAAGAUCACUCAUUAUGUUUCAAUGCAGACAUUACCAUACGUCUGAAGCAGAUCAGCACUUUGUCGAGCAAAGAGGCAUCUGUUAUCUCUCUCACAAGAUACGUUGGAGAACUGCUGCAGUGCAGACAAACAUAGUCUUUUUGGAUUGUUUCACCAAAAUAAUUACAAUGCCACUCUUUGCAUUGUUUGAUCAUUGUAAAAAAGGUUGAGUUCUGACUGAUGAGCAAGUCCUUGCUUUACUUUCUUCCCUUUGGCAUCCUCCACUGUUGUCGUGGAAACGGAGGUUUCUGUAUUGUACAGUGGGCAGCAUGAUUGUUCUGUGCCUUGAGUUGGGCUAUGACAAAGUAUGACAGAAUUAACAGUGCCUUCAGAAAUUAUUCAUACUCCUUGACUUCUUCCACAUUUUGUUGUUACAGCCUGAUUUCAAAAUUGAUUAAAAUAAAUGUUCUCUCACCCAUCUACACACAAUACCCCAUAAUGACAAAGUGAAAACAUGUUUUUAGAAAAUGUUGCACAUUUAUUGAAAAUGAAAUACAAAAAUGUCUCAUUUACACCCCUGAGUCAAUACUUUGUAGAAGCAUCUUUGGUGGCCAUUACAGCUUUGAGUCAUCUUGGGUAUGUCUGUAUCAGCUUUGCACAUCUGGAUUUGGGGAUUUUCUCCCAUUCUACCUUGCAGAUUUUCUCAAGCUCUGUUAAGUUAGAUGGGGAGCGGCGGUGAACAGCAAUCUUCAAGUCUUUCCACAGAUUUAAUGAUAUUGAAAUCUGGGCUUUCUCUGGGCCACUCAAUGACUUUCACAUUCUUAUUCUGAAACCAUUUAAGUGUUGCUUUGGCUGUAUGCUUGGGGUCAUUGUCCUGUUGGAACGUAAAUCUUCGCUCCAGUCUAAGGUCUAAGGAGCAGGUUCUUGUCAAGGAUUUGCCUGUAUUUGGUUCCAUUCAUUGUUCCAUCUAUCCUUACCAGUCUCCCAGUCCCUGCCGCUGAAAGCAUCCCCAUAGCAUGAUGCUGCCACCACCAUGAUAGGGAUGGUGUUAGACGGGUGAUGAGCUGUGCCUGGUUUUCUCCAGACAUAGCGUUUUGCAUUUAGGCCAAAUGGUUCAAUUUGUGUCUCAUCAGACCACAGAAUAUUUUGCCUUAUGAUCAGUCUUUAUUAAGAUAAAAAACAGAAAUAUCACAUUUACAUAAGUAUUCAGACCCUUUACUUAGUACUUUGUUGAAGCACCUUUGGCAGCGAUUACAGCCUCUGGUAUGACACUACAAGCUUGGCACACCUGUAUUUGGCGAGUUUCUCCCAUUCUUCUCUGCAGAUCCUCUCAAGCUCUGUCAGGUUGGAUGGGGAGCGUCACUGCACAGCUAUUUUCAGGUCUCUCCAGAGAUGUUCGAUCGGGUUCAAGUCCGGGCUCUGGCUGGGCCACUCAAGGACAUUCAGAGACUUGUCCCGAAGCCACUCCUGUGUUGACUUGGCUGUGUGUUUAGGGUCGUUGUCUUGUUAGAAGGUGAACCUUCGCCCCAGUCUGAGGUCCUGAGCACUCUGGAGCAGGUUUUCAUCAAGGAUCUCUCUGUACUUUGUUCCAUUCAUCUUUCCCUCAAUCCUGACUAGUCUCCCAGUCCCUGCCGCUGAAAAACAACCCCACAGCAUGAUGCUGCCACCACCAUGCUUCACCGUAGGGAUGAUGCCAGGUUUCCUCCAGACGUGAUGCUUGGCGUUCAGGCCAAAUAGUUCAAUCUUAGUUUCAUCAGACCAGAUCAUCUUGUUUCUCAUGGUCUGUCCUUUAGGUGCCUUUUGGCAAAUUCCAAGCGGGUUGUCAUGUGCCUUUUACUGAGGAAUGGCUUCCGUCUGACCACUCCACCAUAAAGGCGUGAUUGGUGGAGUGCUGCAGAGAUGGUUGUCCUUCUGGAAGGUUCUCCCAUCUCCACAGAGGAACUCUGGAGCUCUGUCAGUGACCGUCGGGUUCUUGGUCAUAUCCCUGACCAAGGCCCUUCUCCCCCGAUUGCUCAGUUUGGCCGGACAGCCAGCUCUAGGAAGAGUAUUGUUGGUUCCAAACUUGUUCCAUUUAAGAAUGAUGGAGGCCACUGUGUUCUUGGGGACCUUCAAUGCUGCAGACAUUUUUUGGUACCCUUCCCCAGAUCUGUGCCUCGACAUAAUCCUGUCUCAGAGCUCUACAGACAAUUCCUUCGAACCCAUGGCUUGGUUUUUGCUUUGACAUGCACUGUCAACUGUGGGACCUUGUAUAGACAGGUAUGUGCCUUUCCAAAUCAUGUCCAAUCAAUUGAAUUUACCACAGGUGGACUCCAAUGAAGUUGUAGAAACAUCUCAAGGUUGUUAAAUGGAAACAGGAUGCACCUGAGCUACAUUUCAAGUCUUAUAGCAAAGGGUCUGAAUACUUGUAAAUAAGGUGUUUUUAUUUUAAUUUUAAUACAUUUACAAAAUUUACUAAAAACCUUUUUUAUCUUUGUCAUUAUGGGUUAUUGUGUGUAGAUUGAAGAGGAUUUCUAUUUAUUUAAUCCAUUUUAGAAUAAGGCUGGAACGUAACAAAGUGGAAAAAGUCAGGGGGUCUGAAUACUUUCUGAAUGCACUGUAUGUUCCGGGACUCAUCCGAUUGCAUUCAGGAGUAUACCACAUCAGUCACCGGCUUCAUCAAUAAGUGCAUCGAUGACGUUGUCCCAACAGUGACCGUAUGUACAUACCCCAGCCAGAAGCCAUGGAUUACAGGCAACAUCUGCACUGAGCUAAAGGGUAGAACUGCCGCUUUCAAGGAGCGGGACUCUAACCCGUACGCUUAUAAGAAAUCCUGCAGUGCCCUCAGAAGAAACAUCAAACAGGCAAAAAGUAAAUACAGGACUAAGAUUGAAUCCUACUACACCGGCUCCGACGCUCGUCGGAUGUGGCAGGGCGUGCAAACUAUUACGGACUACAAAAAGAAAGCCCAGCCGCGAGCUUCCCAGUGACACAAGCCUACCAGACGAGCUAAACAACAUUUUUGCGUGCUCCGUAGCCAAUGUGAGUAAGACCUUUUAAACAGGUCAACAUUCACAAGGCCGCAGGGCCAGACGGAUUACCAGGAAGUGUACUCCGAGCAUGUGCUGACCAACUGGCAAGUGUCUUCACUGACAUUUUCAACCUGUCCCUGGCCGAGUCUGUAAUACCUACAUGUUUCAAGCAGACCACCAUAGUCCCUGUGCCCAAGAACACCAAGGUUACCUGCCUAAAUGACUACCGACACCUAGCACACAUGUCUGUAGCCAUGAAGUGCUUUGAAAGGCUGGUCAUGGCUCACAUCAACACCAAUCGCACUCCACACUGCCCCUUUCCCACCUGGACAAAAGGAACACCUAUGUGAGAAUGCUGUUCAUUGACUACAGCUCAGCGUUCAACACUAUAGUGCCCACAAAGCUCAUCACUAAGCUAUGGACCCUGGGACUAAACACCUCCCUCUGCAAUUGGAUCCUGGACUUCCUAACGGGGUAAGGGUAGCAACAACACAUCUGCCUUGCUGAUUCUAAACAUCGAGUGCUUAGUCCCCUCCUGUACUCCCUGUUCACCCACGACUGCGUGGCCAAGCACGACUCCAACACCAUCAUUAAGUUUGCUGAUGACACAACAGUGGUAGGCCUGAUCACCGACAAUGAUGAGACAGUCUAUAGGGAGGAGGUCAGAGACCUGGCAGUGUGGUGCCAGGACAACAACCUCUCCCUCAACAUGAGCAAGACAAAGGAGAUGAUCGUGGACUACAGGAAAAGGAGGGCCUAACACGCCCCCAUUCACAUCGACGGGUCUCUAGUGGAGCUGGUUGAGAGUUUCAGGUUCCUUGGUGUCCACAUCACCAACAAACUAUCAUGGUCCAAACACACCAAGACAGUCGUGAAGAGGGCACGACAACGCCUUUUCCCCCUCAAGAGACUGAAAAGAUUUGGCAUGGGUCCCCAGAUCCUCAAAAAGUUAUACAGCUGCAACAUCGAAAGUGUCCUAACUGGUUGCAUCACCGCCUGGUAUGGGAACUGGUCGGCAUCCGACAGUAAGGCGCUACAGAGGGUAAUGCGUAUGGCCCAGUACAUCACUGGGGCCAAGCUCCCUGCCAUCCAGGACCUAUAUACUAGGCAGUGUCAGAGGAAUGCCCAAAAAAUUGUCAAAGACUCCAGUCACCCAAGUCAUAGACUGUUCUCUCUGCUACCGCACGGCAAGCGGUACCGGAGCACGAAGUCUAGGUCCAAAAGGCUCCUUAACAGCUUCUACCCCCAAGCCAUAAGACUGCUGAACAAUUAAUCAAAUGGCUAACCAGACUAUUUGCAUUGAACCCCCCAGUUGUUUUUCCACUGCUGCUACUCGCUGAUUAUUAUCUAUGCAUAGUCACUUUACCCUUACCUACAUGUACAGAUUACCUCGACUUACCUGUACCCCCGCACAUUGACUCGGUAUCGGUACCCCCUGUAUAUAGCCUCAUUAUUGUUAUUUUGCGUUACUUUUUUUAUUAUUAUUAUUUGUUACUUUAGUUUAUUUUGUAAAUAUUUUCUUAACUCUAUUUUCUUUCAAACUGCAUUGUUGGUUAAGGGCUUGUAAGUAAGUAUUUCACGGUAAGGUCUACACCUGUCGUAUUCUUUUUUUUUUUUUAGUCAUUUAGCAGACGCUCUUAUCCAGAGCGACUUACAUAUUAUUAUUUAUUUUUUUAUACUGGCCCCCUGUGGGAAUCGAACCCACAACCCUGGCGUUGCAAACACCAUGCUCUAUCAACUGAGCUACAUCCCUGCCGGCCAUUCCCUCCCCUACCCUGGACGACGCUGGGCCAAUUGUGCGCCGCCCAUGAGUCUCCCGGUCGCGGCCGGCUGCGACAGAGCCUGGAUUCGAACCAGGAUCUAGUGGCACAGUUUUGCACUGCGAUGCAGUGCCUUAGACCACUGCGCCACUCAGGAGCCAAUAUUCGGCGCAUGUGACAAAUUUGAUUUGCUGUAGAGACUGUUGUCCUUCUGGCAGGUUCUCCCAUCUCAGCCAAGGAACUCUGUAGUUCUGUCAGAGUGGUCAUUGGGUUCUUGGUCACCUCCCUGACCAAGGUCCUUCUUGCCGGGUUUCCCAGUGUGGUUAGACGGCCAGCUGUAGGCAGAGUCUGGUUCAUUCCAAAUGUUUUCCUUUUCCCAAUGAUAGAUACUACUGUGCUCUUGGAAACUUUCAACACUAGAAAUUAUUUUAUACCCUUCCGCAGAUAUAUGCCUCAUCACAAUUCUAUCUCUGAGAUCCACGGACAGUUUCUUGGACUUCAUGGUAUAUUUACUGCUCUGACAUGCAGUGUCAACUGUGGGACCUUAUACAGACAGGUGUGUUUCUUCCUAAAUCAUGUCCGAACAGUUGAAUUGGUCACUGGUGGACUCCAAGUUGUAGUGACAUCUCAAGGAUGAUCAAAGGAAAUUGGAUGCACCUCAGCUCAAUUUGGCGUGUCCUAGCAAAGGGUUGCGAGUACUUAUGUAAAUUAGGUAUUUCAUUUUCAAUACAUUUGCACACAUUUAUAAAAACCAUGUUUUAACUUUGUAAUUAUGGGGUUGUAACACAACAAAAUGUGGAAUAAGUCAAGGGGUAUGAAUACUUUCUGAAGGCACUGUAGCAGGCAGGUUUCAGAUCUCUUUGAGGGUGCAGGCCAGGGCUGUGUGAUACGAUUGCAAUUGAUGGCCUGCUAGAUCAGUUAUCUGGUUCUGUAAAGGAUGUGCUCAUUCAAAUUGUUUGUCUGCGCACCCUGUAGCAAGUCGAGUUCUCCAUGUCCUGGAUAUGACUACUGCCCCUGAGGUUUAAUCUAUAGAUGCACACAGUUUUCAUACAGUAGAUAGAUCUCUAUGACUGUUAGGAUCACCACAGUGAUAAUUUGUGUUAGCUAUGAAUUGCACUGUUUUUGAAGCCUAGACAUGGGCUGCAUCAAUGUGGACACAUGCCCCAUAGCUUUACAUAUAAGGCCAGAAAGGGAGUUUACAUGUGCAUGAAUACCAUGGCUGUGUGGAUUUCCUCUUCCAUCUGGGGUCUGCUCUCUAGGCUGUCCUGGGGCAUGCUGUUGGGUCUCAGACACAAAUGGGGUACUGCAUACAUCUGUGUGUGCAACCUCGUUCCCACAGACACACAGCCAGAAUAAUCACACACUGACUACAAGGGUCAGGGAUUGCAACAGCCAGGAGACCUAAAGCAAACCAUCUAGUGAUAGGAUACAAAUAGGAAUGAACAAACUUCCCCUCUCCCAUUUUCCAAAUGACGAAGUUAUCAAGCCGGGCACUUGAGUAUUGACCAAGGCACCCUGACGCAGACCGACACACACAUACUGUAGACUUGGGAUGGCUGAGACAAGCUCGCCACACAGUUCUUGGCACAGCAAGACAUCUAUGUCAUUGAGAUGAUUUUACAUGUUUAAAUCAAUUGGAAGUGUUACUGAGAGCUGCAUGCUCACUCCAUUUCUAAGAAUGCUUCUGCGGAGCCCACUGAAGCAACGUCAGGUCUUCGCUGCUCUUCAGAGCAUGCAUACAUCUCCAGAGGCUUGCUGUCUUUGCCUUUACUCAUUCAUUAGACACCGCAGCUCUAGAGGUGAAGCCUGCACCGCUGGACUGGCAAGUGUGAUGGACACAGUGUUGGAAGUUGCUCAUACCCAUCUCUGCCCCUCUGCCUUUCUUUCAGGUGGGGUUGCAUUUCACUACAGCCGAAAGAUGAUUAGAUAAGUAGCUUCAGCAUUGUACAAUUGCUACAUUAAAUGAUUACAGUACAUUAUAUCUGCAAAUGAGAUGAUUGAGGCCAAUAAUGAACAAAGUUACGCAUUGCCACACUUCCAAACCUUGUGACGUCUGAAAGUUCCAUGAAGGCUGGAAAUCGGGAAGUUCCUUGAAAGAGAAUUUAACUUAAAGAAGCUGUGUUGAUACGACUAGUUCUGUUUUGAUAGAGAUUUCUCAUGCAGUAACAGCACUAUAGUUUAAUAACAGUAUAGACCCUAUGAUUUUGCAUAGGCUAUUUGAUGUAGGCCUAAGCAAAGAAGCGAUUGUUGGUUGUGUAUGACAGCCAUCCUCUAGUUCUCCUUCUUACUCUGCAUGUCUGCCAGAAUGAUGCCCGGCGGCUAGCAAUGAAAUCAUUCAUCAGCCAAUGUUUAAAUUGUAUUCACUAAGGUAAAUUGUAUUCAGUCCCUCCCUCUCCACCAGAAUCCAUUAAGACCUACAUGGUUAUUACCUCUCCCCCUUUCUCUCCCUUACAACCAAGACCCCCUGUCGCAAGGAACGAAAUCAGUAUCACUAUAUCACAGACACUAUUUUUGGAGCCUUAUCUAAUGUUAUUUUAGCUACAUUUGUGCUAUACGUCAGAGUUCACCAGGGAGGUAUUUUUAGACUUGAAGUGUGUUUCUUGGCUAGUUGGCUGCAGUUUUAACCCGUUAUCUGUAGGUAACACCAUCGGGAACUUUGUUUUUCCCUAUUCCCAUUUGAGUCUGUGCAAUGCACAUAAUUGUUUAUUGGCUUAAAUCACUGAACACAACAGGUGCUUAUUAGACUUUUGCUCAUUUGCAUAGUCUAUUUUUUUAUUCCAGCAUUCACUUCCAGCAUUUUAAUUGAUGCAUUUCUUCAUUAUCUACUCUGUGUUAUCAUUUUCACACUGUCCCCCAAAAAAUAUCUUAGUAACCUCUAUUUUGAAGAGGGAAAAAAAAUCUUCCUUGACAGAAUAAUGAUUUGCUUUUUUGACUGUGCAUUUUUGGCAGUUCUUGCUGAGGGCGAUCAGCUCCCGAAGUUGUUGACUGUUUUUGUGCUUGUCAGUUAGCUAGCAGUUCUCAGAUGUUUUUUUUUUUUUUUUUUUUGGGGGGGGGGGGGGGGGGGGGGGGUAGAUCAGCUUAAUAUUGCAGAUAGAUUGUAACUUCUAUCAAUGUAAUUGUCUGCAUCACUUCCAAUCCCCCAUGUUUUUUAUAUAUAUACUCCCCUUUUCAACCCUGCCAUCCUUUCCCUACUUGGGGUAAAUUAGUGAACAACAAUGCCCAGUUCUCAGAUGUUAGCAGACAAUGGCUAGUAGUUUGUUACUUAAAAUUGAUGAUAUUUUGAGUCAUUACUGAAUUAUUUAAUGUAAGAAAUCAAACAUUAAACCUCAUAAACAAUUCAUGGUAAUUCAUGGUAACCUCAAACAAUUAAUUUAGACCCGGCGUUUAUUAGAAACAAGCGUUUUAUUUGGUGAAAUGUGUGCCGUUGCCCGGUUAUUAAAAGGGAAAGGUGGCUAUUUGAGACUUUGCGUUUAGUUAAAGUUUUACGGUACUCUUGUUUUGAUGCUUUUUAAACAGUUUGUUUUAUACUGAACAAAAAUAUAAACGCAACAUGCAACAAUUUCAAAGAUUUUACUGAGUUACAGUUCAUAUAAGGAAAUCGGUCAAUUGAAAUAAAUUCUUUAGGCCCUAAGCUAUGGAUUUCACAUGACUGGGCAGGGGUGCAGCCAUGGGUGGGCCUGGGAGGGCAUAGGCCCACCCACUUGGCAGCCAGGCCCACCCACUGGGGAGCCAGGCCCAGCCAAUCAGAAUGAGUUUUUCCCCACAAAAGGGCUGUAUUACAGACGGAAAUACUCCUCAGCACCCCCCCAAACCCACCUCAGACGAUCCCGCAGGUGAAGAAGCCUGAUGUGGAGGUCCUGGGCUGGUGUGGUUACAUGUGGUCUGCGGUUUUGAGGCCGGAUGGACAUACUGGCAAAUUCUCUGAAACCAUGUUGGAGGCAGCUUAUUGUAGAGAAAUUAACAUUGAAUUAUCUGGCAACAGCUCUGGUGGACAUUCCUGCAGUCGGCAUGACAAUUGCACACUCCCUCAAAACUUGAGACAUCUGUGGCAUUGUGUUGUGUGACAAAAAUAAGCUUCUUGAUAUGCCACACCUGUCAGGUGGAUGGAUUAUCUUGGCAAAGGAGAAAUGCUCACUAAUAGGGAUGUAAACAACUUUGUGCACAUAAUUUGAGAGAAAUAAGCUUUUUGUGUGUAUGGAACAUUUCUGGGAUUUUUUAUUUUUACACUUUACAUGUUGCAUUUAUAUUUUUGUUCAGUGUAGAUAUUAAGAACGUGGUGGAAUGUCAGUCUACCCUGUUUAUUUAGGCACAUUCCUCCAAAACUGAUGUUGAUGCUCAUGCUGAUUCUAAAGCUGAUAUGGAUGUUGACAUUGUCAUCUCCCUCCCCCCAUGGCAGGCCUAUGAGCUCUCCACGUUGACAGGAACCCAGGUCCUGCUACUGGUGGCCAGUGAGACGGGCCAUGUCUACACGUUUGCCACGCGGAAGCUCCAGCCCAUGAUCACCAGCGAGACGGGCAAGGCCCUCAUCCAGACGUGCCUCAACUCUCCGGACUCACCCCCCCGCAACGACCCCUCCACUGACCAGCGUAUGAGCGCCACGGGCUUCGAGGAGACGGACCUCAGCUACCAGGUGUCUGAGUCAGAGAGCCUUGGGGAGACCAAGGUGAGUUCUGCUGCUGCUCUUCACACAAAGGACCAGGUUUGUGUUCAUUAGGCACCAAACUAGUCUCAUAAACCCGACCCUAGGCAACAGCAGUGAUUAGUAGGGGUGUAACGGUUCACCAAACCCACGGUUCGGUACGUUUUGGGGUCACGGUUCGGUUUCGGUACAACGGGAAAAUGAAAUGCUUACAGUCACUGUAGUUAUUUUUUGUUUAUUUAAGCUGCGAAGGGCUGCUUGAAUGCGGAGGGUAGACAAUGUGUGUGUAUAUAUAUAUAUAUAUAUAUAUAUAUAUAUAUAUAUAUAUAUUUGUCUUGUUCUGGUGGUAGGAAUACUGGGGUGACGUCGGCGUAAAUAUGUCAACAUGUUUGAGGUGUUGGUAGCUGCACAGGCUAUUCUCAUUGAGUAGUGGCGACAUACUCUCUCUGUCUAUCGCUGUUGUAAUCUACUGGGAAACCAAAAUGUUCCCUAACUCGAGAUUUUAAACGAUGGUGGAGAAUCCACCUGGUUUUUCGACCUCACUACUCGCCAUCGUGCAGAACUAGUUCCCGGCUGCGGCUCACUGAAGGUCAGUUUGAAAUGUGCCAAUUUAAGAUUUGAAUUUUGAUUACAACGUAAGCUUCAGUUGUUUAAACGGACUAGCCUAAAAUGUUGUUUUAUUUAGCUCAGAUUUUCUCAAGAGGCAUACAAUGCAGUGUAGGCAUAGUCUAUAGGCCUAGUGUUUUAUUUUUUUAAAUAUAUUUUUUAUGUAUUCAUUCGGGUUCACAGUGUGGACCAAACUUUUUCUACAUUUUGUUGUGUUACAGCCUGAAUUUAAAAUGGAUUACAUUGAAAUUGUGUGUCACUGGUCUGCACACAGUACCCCAUAAUGUCAAAGUGGAUGUAUGUUUUUAGAAGUCUUUACAAAUUAAUUAAAAAUGAAAAGUUGAAAUGUCUUGAGUCAGUAAGUAUUCAACCCCUUUGAGAAAAUUAACUUUAUGUCCUGAAUACAAAGUGUUAUGUUUGAGGAAAAUACCAGUCUUGAUAUUUUCAAGCAUGGUGGUGGCUGCAUCAUGUUAUGGGAGUUUUUUUUAGGAUAAAAAUUAAUGUAAUAGAGCUAAGCACAGGCAAAAUCCUAGAGGAAAACCUGGUUCAGUCUGCUUUCCAACAGACACUGGGAGAAGAAUUCACCUUCCAGCAGGACAAUAACCUAAACACAAGGCCAAAUAUACACUGGAGUUGCUUACCAAGACGACAUUUGAAUGUUCCUAAGUGGCCUAAUUACAGUUUGGAUAUAAAUCACCUUGAAAAUCUAUGGCAAGACUUGAAAGUGGCUGUCUAGCAAUGAUCAACAACCAACUUGACAGAGCUUGAAGAAUUUUGUAAUAAUAUUGUGCAAAUAUUGUACAAUCCAGGUGUGCAAAGCUCUUAGACUUACCCAGAAAGACUCACAGCUGUAAUCGCUGCCAAAGGUGAUUCUAGCAUGUAUUGACUCAGGGGUGUGAAUACUUAUGUAAAUUAGAUAUUUCUGUAUUUAAUUUUCCAUAAAUGUGCAAACAUUUCUACAAACAUGUUUUCACUUUGUCAUUAUGGGUUAUUGUGUGUCGAUCAGUGAGAAUAGUUUUAAAAAUAUUUAAUCCAUUCUGAAUUCCGGAUGUAACACAACAAAAUGUGGAAUAGGUUAAGGGGUAUGAAUACUUUUGGAAGGCAUUGUCCGUGUACCGUUACACCCCUAGUGACUAGGGUUUGGUUUCAAUAAUGGACUCUUUUGGCAACUUUGAUAAGAAAAGGUGGGUCCUCUUCAGACCGACAACUCUACCAACAAAUCACAAGGCCAAAGUUUGCAAGCAAAACCUUUGCAGUGGUUUUAGGAAAGGUAGUUGAUGCAAACUAGCCACUUGCAAAAUGCACUCAUUAAAAAUAACCUCUGUGAUCUCCAUCUUGUCAGCUACUAUUUUGUAUUUUACUCAACCGGAUAAGGUAGUGACGUAGGCAGUAAUGUAGUUACUCUAUGCCAAACUGACAUUCUAUUAUGUACAGAUGGCGGACAUUAGAAAACUGUGGUAGGCGACCCGGAUGACUAGAGAGACCAUAAGAAAACUGACUGAAACAGGGAGGGAUUACCUGAACUUGACCAAUAAGAAACGCUAAUUUAUGUUUUCCGUUGCAAAACGUUUUGCUAAUGAAUACGACCCAGAACAAACUGGCUUUGGACCAGAAACCUGUAGUGCUGCUGUAGCCCAUAGAAACGCAUUGAAUAACACAUUCAUAAAUGGGAAAAAAUUGUCAAAAUAAAUCGUAAGGAAUAAGGUUUUGAAGUGUCUGUCCUAUAUCUAGGAGAUAUAAAAAAGCUCAGGAAAUAUAUAUAUAUUUUUGGACAUAUUUAACCCCUUAUUUUUGUUGGCACAAAACUACCUCCAUACUUCCAUUCAUUUGAAUGGGUUACCUUCAGACGAGUCCUGUGACACUUGUGGGAGUCAUAGAGCAAAACGGAGAACACCAUCGUGAGAGUCUCCCCUUUCCAUAGAGUGGUCAUAUUAGUUAGUAGGUCAAACCAUUCGGACGCUGCAGACGUUUUCCCGGUCUGACAAACAGCGCUGUAGCUCUGUCACUUUCCACCACAGAUGCGGAAGGGCGACAUAGGUGGAUGCGGUGUUUGAGACUCAGCCCAUGCAAAAAAAACAUAUCUCUAGCUUAAACUGACGGAUUUUGAUGGGGUGCGUCAAUAGACUCUAAAGGAUUUUUAAAAGAUAAAGCACCAGAGCGCUACUAUUAGAUGCUCAGUCAAAUCCCCCCAGAAUAUUCCAGCCAAGCACAGCAGAAAUUCACAUUAAGUUAUGGAAACUCAGUUUACCGGUAUGCGUAAACCUCAGAGUGUCUGUUAAACUCGAGGUGACCUCUUUUGGCUUGUUGCUCGCGGUUUGGUUUGAUUGUCUACUAAAUCAUCUUUCAUUGGCUCAAACAGCCUGGUUUAUUCUCUUGUGGCAGGAAGCAGAGGUGUAAAGACGAACCAAAGUAGUGGAACACGAAACCACUCGACAGGAUGAGUUAGAACUUAUCUUCUCUCUACCUCGCUGAACCUUGUCACAGAAAAGUCUCCAAACCCCUGCCUAUAAACCUGUAGAUCAAGGCAGGUCUGGGUUGUAUUAAGCCCGUUGUGGUUGUUUAUGUUAUAUUCCAGGGGUGAUUUCUCCAAUAGACACAAGUCAUAUCCACUUUAUCAGUGGAAGAAGGGUUUUUCAUGAGAAUCUCAAUAUCGUUAUUCUACAGUGCAGUGUUUUGCCUGAAACCGUUCUAAAAAAGUAGUGGUCUUUGUGAUGUGCAGUGGAGAGAGAUUGCAAUGUCCUAAAGCCAUUUGGACAGCUUAUUUAUAGUUAGAUGUGCUUCAUUACCCCAUGGAACACCUUGCUGCUGUUGCUCACACAGUCAUGUGCUAUCCGCCAGGAUGUCCAUGCUGUAGUCUUGAUUUAAGUACACUCCUUUGAAGAGGGAUACAUACAUCCCUAUGUGAUCAUUUUAAUGUUUUCACAAGCCAGUUAUAGAUACGCGCUGUCUACUUUGAGGAUGGUGAUCGACCUUUGGCUUGUAAAGUCACUCUAUUGCCCGCUUCACUAAUUGAUACAAAUGUUAUUCUGCUUCAAUGUCCAUAUAUGGUACGGUUUCCCUGCCUGCUCUCUUGGCUGAGGCCCCUCACAUUCCUUAUAUGCUGCUGCUGUCUUUGGAUUCCUGCAAUUAUAGUUUUUCCUCAUUUAGGGAUGUGGUGGGUUGUACAUUUGAGUGUGUGUGUGUGUGUGUGGGGGGGGGGGGGGGGGGGGGGGGGGUGUUGUAGAUAGGGAUUUAUUAAAGACAGAUGGAAUGGAAACAUUUUGCUGUUAUCAAUGAUCUGACCUCUUGGAUGCCAUUUUCCUUGAGGUUGGUUGGUUGGUGAUGACUGACUCUGGGAACUUGGUACUUGGAGGUAGGGAGGGAGAGAGAGAGACUUGAGUAUGGUUUGUCAUUGUAAAGUCCAUGCAACUUUAAUACAUGUGGGGAUCAACGCUCGUAUAGUUAGACCCUGGUAGAUGGUGACUGUAGCCAUGAUGAACUCUUUGUUUUCAAGGAUGCUGCUUUAUGCUUCCCUGAAGUCUCUGGAUACCAUUCGUCUUGAGAACAGUAUGUCAUACAUACUGUAGAAGCUAGUCUAAACAUUUCACCAUUUGGUCUGGUUGGGGUAGGGAGAGGAGGGAGAUGAGGGGAAGGGAGGGGAGGGUGCAAGGCUAGGUGAAGCAGAAGAGUUGGGUCAGCAGCAGCCAUGUGACAAGAUGCAGUCGAGCAUCAUGUGA